AUGAAAGAACUCUCCACCCCCAACUCCGCAGCCUUCCGCACCGUGCGCCGCCUCCCCUCCACCCCCACGGCCCGCCUCGGCAACGCCUACGAGUUCUUCAAGAACCUCGAGCUCAUCUCCGGAUUCUGGGUCGACACUUCCCUCUCCGGGCCCGAACCGCUCGCCGACCCCGAACCCGCGCACCAACGCAUCCACAUCCGUUCCGGCACCGGCUCCCAAACCCCUCCCGACUUCCGCGCCGCCCUGCUCGCCACGUUCGUCAAACUCGUCGCCUACGAUUUCAGCUGCAAUGUCUCCCUCCCCCGCGUCGAACCACGUCUCCACAUCGGUCCCUCCGUCUCACCCCCCCAAACUCGACAUUCCCCAACUCCUCCCCGCCAUCCUCGUUUCCUACAAACAUCUCCUUCAUCUACCGCACCCCAUCCGACUGCCUCUCCGCCCGCGGCGGCAUCAUCGAGGGACCCCUCGCCGCUCUGUCCGCGCGCCACGCUACAUCCUUCGACAAACCCCUCGAUGAGCUCCUCGAUCUCGCCCGCGAAACUGCUGCGCUCUUCGUAG